AUGGUUUAUAUAUCACUAAUAUUAUCAUUUAUCAGUCAAAUUAUUCCACUGAAUUCUCUUGAAUUACGACUCACUAAAGGCCAAUAUUUUUCACAUACUCUACAUUCCGCUUCAUUUUUUCAGCAAACAGUUGAUGUAAAAUGGUCAGCAACAAUUAAAGGACGUCCAGAAUUGCCAGGAUGGUUGCACUUAAUGCGUUCCAGACAUAAUGCUUUAGCAUAUUUGCAUGGUACACCAAUCACGCCGGCAAGGCAAACAAUAAUUCAUGUAAUUGCUCGUCGUAUCGAUAAUUUUGAACGAGCUCAACAAUUCAUCACUUUAUCUUUCGAUAACAAUGAAAAAUUUAAUUCUACAACUCAGCAAAUCGUAGAAAUUCAUGUUAUGAAUUUCGAUGCCGAAGAUUUUUUUACUGAUCGAAAAGGAUUAAUAAACGGUCUGGAAAAGUCAUUAGCCGAUUCAUUUAAAGGAAAAGGCGUUAAUCCAUACAUUUAUAAUAUAUUGCCAGCGAUUGAUGCAUCGCCACAACAAACUAACAUUAUUAACAAAAAUCAGAAGUUUGGAUCAAUAGUUCAAGUUGGAACUCAGAAACAUUUCCAUACGAAUGUUUUAAAUCUCGAGCAAGGAUUGAGAACAAAUCUUCGAUAUUGCAAUCGAAAUAAUUUGGUGCCUAUCGACAGAUAUUACAGUCCACUAUUUCAAGUGAACUGGUGUAAUUUUCGUGUGAAAAAUACAACAAUAUCGAAUAAUGGCGAAACAGUGGAAACUAUUCGAUUUAGUAAUGCGGAAAUGGCUGACAACGAAAUUUUAUUAAUCUCAACACCAUCAGCACCAACCAGCGUAAUCGACGAAUUCCCAUCGCCUUUAAGAAAGCGUUAUUAUUUUUGGGAGUCAUUCCUGAUGUUUCCGCUGCUCGGCGUAUGCUGCGUACUUCUUCUUAUUCUCUUAAGUAUAAUAUUUUUUGGUAGAAGAGAAGGACAACAUUGGCGCGAUUUUAAAACUCCAAAGGCACAAUUAGAUGAAUAUCGAAGUAUGCGGGAAGGACAGCGACAUUUAAGAGAAUUAUCAAUCCAACGACAAGCUCUUGAUUAUCAAGACAGAAGAUCUCGAACUCCUACUGGUAAAGAUUUCCUAUUUUUCCAUAAAGAAUUUAAUGGUAAUUUAAUGUUAUCUUUAUCAUUAACUUAUGCAGAGAAAAAUGGAACUACGGCUAAAUUAAUUGACACAAAUAACGCUAACAAUAAUACAAUAACAAAACAGACCGUGGCUGAAGCAGCAAAGGCUUGUGGUUCAUCGCUGCAUUUAUAUAGAAAUCCAUUUGAAGAUAAGGAAAGUGAAGAUGAAGAGGAGUUUGAAGGUGAUAAAAAUGAUGUAAAUAAUGAAAGUUCAAGUGAUAAUGAAUGUAAAUCUUUAACUAAAAAUGAUUGA